ACUGAAUAAAAAACAUAAAAAGAAUAAUCAAUCCGUAAGCCGAGCACCCGAGCAGCUUAGCUCUCUCUCAGAUUGCAAGGGAAGAACGAAUCCAAGCGGCGCCAGAGAGCGCACAGAAAAGGAGGAGAAAAAUUUGGAAAGAAAGGCCAGUGCUUCGAGGGAACUGGACGUAAGUGGGCAAAUGAUGAUGAUGAGCAAGCUUUUGAUUCGAAGACGCCUUUUAACUCUGGCUCGCUGCAGUUGUUGAAGAAAUGGGUAGUUCCAUUUUCCUCUUCGCCGCCGUCUGCACCACAAACAUCUCGUCUGCCCAACUCCACCAGCUACCGUUGAGCCGCUGCUUUCACUUGCGAUCCGAUUCUCUGUCGCUUUCACCAUGACCUACUCCUCCUCCUCCUCUCACCAUUAUAAACCCUCCAUCGGAUUUGAAUUUCUAUCCCCAUCGCGCAUUCGAAAUCACGCUUGUUGCCGACGUUCCCAUGGACCCCACCGUUCGCCCAGCCGUCGUCAUCGACAACGGCACUGGGUAUACUAAGAUGGGAUUCGCGGGAAAUGUUGAGCCUUGUUUCAUUCUACCGACAGUAGUUGCAGUGAAUGAGUCGUUUCUCGAUCAAUCUCGGGCUUCCUCCAAGGCGAAUUGGCUCGCCCAGCACAGCGCCGGGGUUUUGGCCGAUCUGGACUUCUUCAUUGGGGAUGAAGCAAUCACCAAAUCGAGGUCUAGUAGCACUUACAAUCUUAGCUACCCGAUUCAGCAUGGGCAAGUCGAUAAUUGGGAUGCCAUGGAGAGGUAUUGGCAGCAGUCUAUAUUCAAUUACUUGCGGUGUGAUCCAGAGGAUCAUUACUUCCUUUUGACAGAGAGCCCGCUCACGGCACCGGAGAGUAGGGAAUAUGCCGGUGAGAUUAUGUUCGAGACGUUUAACGUCCCUGGCCUUUACAUUGCCGUCAAUUCCGUCCUCGCCUUAGCUGCCGGGUAUACAACAUCCAAGUGCGAGAUGACAGGCGUUGUGGUGGAUGUUGGGGAUGGCGCUAGCCAUGUUGUCCCUGUCGCUGAGGGCUAUGUAAUUGGAAGCAGCAUCAAAUCAAUUCCUAUUGCUGGACGGGAUGUUACUCUUUUUGUCCAACAGCUUAUGCGGGAAAGAGGAGAGAAUGUACCGCCUGAGGAUUCGUUUGAUGUAGCUCGGAAAGUCAAAGAAAUGUAUGGCUACACUUGUUCUGAUAUUGUCAAGGAGUUUAACAAGCAUGAUAAAGAACCAUCCAAGUUUAUUAAGCAAUGGAAAGGUAUCAAGCCAAAAACUGGGGCGCCAUACUCAUGUGAUGUAGGCUAUGAGCGUUUCCUUGGCCCUGAGAUUUUCUUUAACCCUGAGGUCUACAGCAGUGACUUUACAACUCCUCUACCAGAUGUAAUUGACAAAUGCAUUCAGUCUGCACCAAUCGACACCAGGAGGGCUUUAUACAAGAAUAUAGUAUUAUCUGGAGGAUCAACCAUGUUCAAGGAUUUCGGUAGAAGGUUGCAACGAGAUCUGAAAAAGAUUGUGGAUGCACGAGUUCAGGCAUCUGAAGCCAUACUUGGUGGUGAUAUUAAAGUAUCCGAUUCUUAUGCAUUUCAUAUGCUCUUUUUGUAAUGCAUCACUUUGACUCGAGAAAAGAGGUUGAGAAUGGGUUUCUCAUGUGGUGGUCUCCAGGCUCAGCCAGUGGAAGUAAAUGUUGUCAGCCACCCCAUACAGAGAUACGCUGUUUGGUUUGGAGGUUCAGUGCUUGCUUCAACUCCUGAAUUUUUUGCGGCUUGCCACACAAAAGCCGAAUAUGAAGAACAUGGAGCAAACAUAUGCCGCACGAAUCCUGUCUUCAAGGGAAUGUAUUAGUUACUUGAUACAGCAGCAAAAGCUUGCUGCACUGUGUACCAUGACUUGGCAUUCAAAAGUAUUUGUUUAGGGGAUAGUUGCUGCCUUGCUGAGGAACUGCAAGAAAAGGAGGUGGAUUUCGAUCAGAAGUCAACAGGGCGCGAAAUCAAUUUUGUUCAAUGGAGUAGGUCUGUCUUGUUCAAAGGUUUAUGGUGGUAGCGUUUAGAUAGGAACUGUAAUUUUAGGAAAGCUGGAAUUUUUAAAUGUUUUCAGCUCGUUUUUAGAGGACGAUAAAUAUUCUUUUUCUGGCCCUUGUUCUCUUUGCCUGUUCGGGAGGUUGUUGAUCAUUGUUCACCAUACAAAAUAUAAAAUAUCAUUCAUUUUAAUGAAUUGGAUACAUGAAGUAAUCGUUUCGAGUCAAAACUAGUUUGGAAUUUGG